GAGGAAGUGAAAGAGGAAGAAAAAAGCGCAGGAGCAGCGGGCAGCUCGGCGGCUGGCAUCCCUCUAGCAAAGUGCCAAAUUUUCCGUAUAUUUUAAAGGUUUUUCCUCGUCUGUUUACAUUAGCACUUUACUUAUACUAAGGCAAAACGCGUGCUACAUGUGACAGGACUUGCCAAACCAGCCGCAGCCUGUAAUUCAGCCUCUUCAGCCGCUUGUCUCCGUGAAAACGAGUUGAACAAAACAGCUAGCCGUGGUUAGCCUGCAGAGGGGUCGUCUCCAGACUGCAAGACUGACACUGUGAAAAAAUGUCAUCGAGGAAGAAGGUGCUGUUGAAAGUCAUCAUUCUGGGAGACUCUGGUGUGGGGAAGACUUCCCUUAUGAACCAGUAUGUCAACAAAAAGUUCAGUAACCAGUACAAAGCCACAAUAGGAGCAGACUUCCUCACCAAGGAGGUGAUGGUGGAUGACCGGCUCGUUACCAUGCAGAUCUGGGACACAGCAGGACAGGAGCGGUUCCAGUCUCUGGGGGUGGCGUUCUAUCGUGGUGCAGACUGCUGUGUGCUGGUGUUUGAUGUGACCGCUCCAAACACCUUUAAGACCCUGGACUCUUGGAGGGACGAAUUCCUGAUCCAAGCCAGUCCCCGAGACCCCGAGAACUUUCCCUUUGUGGUGCUAGGCAACAAGAUCGACCUGGAGAACAGACAGGUGACCACCAAACGAGCCCAGGCCUGGUGUCAGAGUAAGAACAACAUCCCGUACUUUGAGACCAGUGCCAAAGAAGCCAUCAACGUAGAACAAGCAUUCCAGACCAUUGCACGCAACGCCCUCAAACAGGAAACGGAUAUGUCGGUGUACAACGAAUUCCCAGAUCAAAUCCAGCUCGGGAACGACAGAGCCAAACCUCCAGCGGAAAGUUGCAGCUGCUAAGAGCCCAGACCUGUGUCUACUGUCACCUGCACCUUUACUCCCGGGGAACAGCGCCCCCUACUGGUCUUCCUCCUUCAGCCAUUCAACCACAAUCACAACAAUCUCCAAUGGAUGUCACCUUAUUUGUUACUCCUACUUUCCACAGGUCAAGUACCCAAAGAAUCACACAAGAGGAGACAAAAAAGCCUUAAAAUAAAUGGCUUUGUUGCAAUCUUUCUACUUGUAAUGGCCAAUAUUGAACACAAGAUGGCGCCGUAUUGUAAAAGUGGUUUCUGGGAACUCUGGGCCCUGUAAUGUGACAAAGAUGUUGACUAACUUCAGCAUCCCAGCUUAACUCUUUCACACUUUUUUGUUUGUUAUUUCAAAAUAAAUCAAAUAGCAUUAUGUAUGUUGUAUAUAUAUUUUAAUUUUCCAGUGUUGUUUGAGGCCAAUUUGAACCUUGUUUUUUGCACUUUCUUUUAGCUUAGAAAUGAAGGGAUGGCUGAUUUUGGGCAACGUCUGCCUCUGCACACGUUUAAAUUAAGCUCUGAAUUGUACCAGUUACUUCUAGGGCUGCGCAAUAUUAGAAAGCAUACAGGGGUUUACUUAAAGGUCCUCUAGUGAAGGGCACGCCACAUGCUUGUCUCCAUGGAGAUGUUAUUGCUUUGCCAAGAAUGUAUCAUAGUAUAGCAUACCAGGCCAAGUCAUAGGUCAGAUCUAUGGAGAGGUGGUCCUACUCACACUAAGAAUGUUUUCUUUUCAAGAUAAUUUUAGCAAUAAAAACACCUGUAAUGCAUUAAUGAAUGAUAGAUCAGUUUAAUGCCACACUGGGAAAACUUGCUGUCAAAGCAAUAACCUCUCCAUGAAGACAAGCGGGGCGAACCCUCCGCCUGAAUAGUUCCAUAGUACCUUUAAAAUGAGUUCUCAAUUCCUGUGUGUUGUGACAGUGGUCUAAGGUUCAGUUCCCAACAUGGAGGCAACCCUUUCCUGAAAAGACUGUAACUCUAACCUAUAAUGUAUACAGUAAUAUAGUACUUUUUUUCAUAUUUUUACUGAACUUUCUUGAUUUGAUAAAAACACUUGCACCAAAUAUUGUGCAGCCCUAUUUAUAAACAUAAAAUCUCUUGUACACUUUUUGAUUGUAUCUCAAAGGCCUCACUCCAUCAUGACUUAACUCCUUAUAUACUCCUUUUAUGUAACAUUACCUGUACUGCUACUGCUGUAUGUUCAUCCAAACCAGUGCUUUGAAAUGCCAAACACGCACUCACUUGUCCAGAAAUGUCCUGUUUUGUUGUCACUCCCCUCUCGCUGCUUGUAGCUCAGGUUGGCGCCAUAUUUUUACAGGUAAAUUGUGUACUUUGGUGUGUUAUAGAUGGUAAAGGCUGACUAUAUUAACAAAUUAAAUGUUCUGAACUCAUCAUGAAAAUGUUCAAAUUUCUGCCCUGUUAUUACUCAAGAUCCUUAUGUAAAAUCACCUCAAUCUCAAUGAUGUGGAUAAAAGAAAUUGGGACGACAAAUAAAACUAUUGAAUAGAA